UUUGAAGAUGGCCCUGAACUACGUGUCCCUGUCGGCCGGCGAUCAAAGGAGCAGGAUGGCCUACCGCGCUUCCCACGGCGAUCUCAACCCGUCUGCCUUAGCCCUGGCGAUGGUCUCUGGAGACAGCUUCCUCGUUGCCAGGCGUGAGGCGGUUCUUCCAGGACCCGCUCCUCGUCAGGCCGUCCGGCAGAGCGUUCGGGCCGACAGCCGUCGGGCGACUGGGGUCGGCCGCAGCCCGCCACGCUUUAGAAAGGGAAGGGAAGCUGAUGGGCGGAACCGCUCCCGUCAGGCCAGAUUCGCACCUUACCCGACCCCCGCGGUCAAACUGGAUCUCUUAAGGAGUGUGCUGCAGCAGCGUCUGAUUGCAGUUGGGAGUGUUGUCGCAGCCCGUCUUUCGGCUUAAUAUGAAAACCUCCCGUCAGCCCUCGAUCCGCUUGUAAACAAGGCCUCUCUCAAAUCC